AUGGUCUCAUGCGAAUCGCAGGAGUCAUAUAUUUGGGUUCUUCGCCAGUUUCUGGAAUGCAUGCAAGGUAAGGCACCGCAAUCGGUCAUCACGGAUGGCGACCCGGCCAUGCGGAUAGCAAUCCAGUCUGUAUUUCCUGAUGCACAUCAUCGGUUAUGUGCCUGGCAUCUGCUGAGGAAUGCGACUGCUAACGUAAGCGACCCGAGAUUCACACAAAUGAUUAGACACUGCAUGUUGGCAGAUAUGGAAAUCGAUGAGUUCGAAGCGCAUUGGGAGGCAAUGCUCAACGAGUGCGGUGUUAGGGAGGUUGAGUGGGUUAAGGACUUGUACACCAAAAAGCACGCUUGGGCCACCGCAUACAUCCGCGGUAGAUUUUUUGCUGGAGUCCGGACUACCUCUAGGUGCGAGUCACUACAUGCCAAACUAGGGAGGUUUGUCGAGAGCAGGUACGGGGUGUUAGAAUUUGUCAGAAAUUUUCAAAGGUGUGUGGAUUUUCUGCGUGACACCGAGGACGAGCUAGACUUUCGUUCAUGGUACGGAACACCUGUGCUACAAACAGAGUUUGUUGAGCUGGAAAAGUCCGGGUGGACGAUGUUCACCCGCGAAAUGUUUCUCAGAUUCCGGGAUAGCCUCAAACGGUGUGUUCGUGUUAGAAUUUGUGAAUUUAAUGAAACUGAGAACCCUCAUGCAUACACUCUCCAGAAGUAUCGAAGGCCUGAGAUGAAUUGGAAGGUUUAUAGGGACACUGUUGCGAACAGAUUUACUUGCACCUGCAUGCGUAUGGAGUCGUUUGGUAUUCCUUGUGUGCAUAUCCUUUCCGUGUGUGUUAGGCUUGACUUAGUGGAAAUCCCUGAAAGCCUUGUGCUGCGCAGGUGGUCUAAGGCAGCCAAAAUGGAGGUCCAUAACCAAUGUGGUGAGCAACACACUGCUGACCGAAGUGUGACCUAUAGGACACGAGUGGGUGCUUUCUCCCAGCUUUGUAAGCGUUUAGGGCGUGUUGCGUGCAUGAGUGAUGAAGACUUCAAGCUUUACUCAAAGAAGCUUCUGAGUGAUGCUCUCUUCCUUGAAAUAAAGAACGGCCUAAGACCUUCAACGGAUGAUCUCACAGCAGCACAAGAUUGCGGGGUGAAGGACCCGAUUCGUGUUAGAACAAAAGGCACGGGUCGGAUGAGUCAAGCAUGUGGGUCUGCACCGAAAACCAAAAGAAAGUGCAGCACAUGCGGGAAGCUAGGGCACCGGAGGACUAGAUGCCCCAACGGAGGCGCGCAACCUUCACCAAGGAAUGAUAAAUCACCUGCUGGGAUAAAUAAACGCAAGCGAUCAAAGGUUACCGCCUAA